AUGGCAGAUAACGAUCAAUUCAUCAUAGACACGGACAGUGACAUCGAUCAGGAUGACGAGGAUGAAAACGAAGGAUCAGAUGAUGAUACGGGAUUCUUUCCGAUUGAUGAACCCAUCGUGUACUCAUCUCAAUCAUCAACAACAACGUCACAAACGCACAGACAAACGAAAGGAACAUCUGAACAGUCAGGAAACAAACAUUCAACAAGUAUCAAUACGACAAGUAGUCAUUCACAGGAUAAUAAUUUCGAAUAUGUCGUGUUAACACAAGACGAUAUUGUAAAAUACAUGGUUGAGUGCAUCAAAGAAGUGAAUGAAGUUAUCAAACUACCGUCAACAACAGUUCGGCUUUUACUUCAUCAUUUUCGUUGGGACAAAGAAAAGUUGAUGGAACGUUUCUACGAUCCAAACCAUCAAGAUGAACUAUUUCGACAAGCACAUAUUGUUAAUCCGUUCAAACGACCACAUUUACAAACUCAAGUAUCAACAUCAUCAUUAAAUCGUUCGACACGUCGUCAAAUAUCAUCAAGUUCUCCAUCACCUUCGGUUUCAAUAACGACCAACCCAUUACGCCCUUCAACUGAACAAACAUGUCUAAUCUGUUGUUCAACCAAACCUAUCAGUAAUAUGGCGGGUCUCGAAUGUGGCCAUACGUUUUGUAUAGCUUGUUGGCAACAGUAUUUAACCUAUAAAAUCAUGCACGAAGGCAUCGGACAGACUAUUCCAUGUCCAUCGAAGUGUGACAUUUUAGUUGAUGAUAGAACGGUUUUACGUUUGAUUGAUGAUGCCGAUGUUCGUCGGAAAUAUCAGCAUCUUAUAACGAAUUCAUUUGUCGAAUGUAAUCGCAAUAUGCGUUGGUGUCCAGGAACGAACUGUACGAAUGCGAUCAAAGCAUCCUAUUGUGAUGUCGCAAUGGUAACGUGUACGUCAUGCAAAACAUCCUUCUGUUUUCAAUGUGGUCAAUCCUGGCAUGAACCAAUCAAAUGUAAAUGGCUGAAAAAAUGGCAAAAGAAAUGUCAUGAUGACAGUGAGACGAGCAAUUGGAUCGCAGCGAAUACAAAAGAAUGUCCCAAAUGUCAUGCAACUAUUGAGAAAAAUGGUGGCUGUAAUCAUCUAAUUUGUAAAAAUCAAGCGUGCAAAUAUGAGUUCUGUUGGGUAUGUUUGGGCGCAUGGGAACCACAUGGUUCAUCAUGGUACAACUGUAAUCGUUUCAACGAGGAUGAUGCGAAGAAAGCUCGCGACGAUCAAGAUCGAUCAAGGUCAGCUCUACAACGAUAUCUUCAUUAUUACAAACGUUAUCACAAUCAUCACGAAUCAUUGAGAUUAGAAAAUAAACUGUUAGAACAAGUACAAAAGCGUAUGGAAUCGAUGCAACAACAGAUGAGCUGGAUCGAAGUACAAUUUCUUCAAAUUGCUUGCGAUGUUCUCCGACAAUGCCGUCAGACAUUAAUGUAUACAUAUCCAUUUGCGUUCUAUCUCAAACGAAAUAAUCAUUCAAUUAUUUUUGAGCAAAACCAAGCUGAUUUGGAACAUGCAACGGAGGAAUUGAGUGGAUAUUUAGAACGUGACUUUUCUCAAGCAAAUGCGAAUCUAACAGAAAUGAAACAAAAAGUACAAGAUAAAUAUCGUUAUUGCAGUACUCGUCGUAAAGUUUUGCUUGAUCAUGUUGCCGAAGGAUAUGACUGUGACUAUUGGGAGUAUAAUGAAGAUCUAUAA